AUGUUACCAAUACUUACGCUUUUAUCACUUGUGCUGUCUGGGUGUUUGGCACACCCUGCACCAGUAGCAUCUCCAGGAUAUCUAAAGAUCGAUGCAUACAAGUACAGAGGAUCUACACCGGAAAGUGCAGAACUAGGAGCUGAGCCUUACGUGCUUCAGAAAAGAAACACAGAUGGCUCAUUGGAGAUGACAUUGAUGAAUGAAGAGACAUACUACCAGGCAGAAAUAGAACUCGGGUCAAAUAAGCAGAAGGUCGGUGUGCUUGUUGAUACAGGAUCGUCUGAUUUGUGGGUCAUCUCAUCCAAUAAUACUGGAUGUAACUCGGACGAGUCUAGUGGAGUGAGUGCUUAUGGUGGAUACUCCACGGUGUACGAAACAGAAUCUGCAUAUUCCGCGGUGAUGAGCGAGAUGAGCGAGAUGGGAGGCAUGGGUGGCGGAGCGUACACUACCACGAUGUGGUUUAAAGGUGUUGCACCUUGGCAGAUUCGCAAUAUGAAUGCCAUUAGCAACAGCAGUGACGUUGAAGUCAUGAAGGAAAAUAAGGACACAAGUGGAACUGCGACGCAGAAUUCGAUGAAUGCAGUUAUGUCGAGUGAUGAUCCCGAGUCGACACUUGAUUGCAAUGCGGAGGGAACGUUUGAUUCGAGUGAAUCAUCGAGUUUCAAGUCCAAUGGCACAUCUUUUUCAAUCGAGUAUGCCGAUUCGACGUUUGCAAAGGGAACAUGGGGACACGACACGGUUGUUAUAAACGACCAGGCGGUGAAGUCCCUCUCAUUUGCCGUGUGCGAUGACACAGACAACAAAUUGGGUGUUCUGGGUAUUGGAUUAAUGGGAUUGGAGACAACUUAUGGAGGAUCGAGCUCAGGAUCUGCAAGCAGCAUGUACAUGUACGAAAAUCUUCCCGCAAAGCUCAAGAGUGACGGCAUAACCAAGAGUAUUUCUUACUCUAUUUACUUGAACGAUACCUCGUCGAGCAAGGCAAGCGUGUUAUUCGGAGCUGUUGACCACAGCAAGUACCAGGGAACGUUGAACUUGUUCCCGAUUAUCAACUCGGUUGCCAGCUACGGCUACAAAAACCCGAUCCGGUUGGAGAUAACGUUGAGUUCGUUCACAGUUGGUUCAUACACGGAAAACGAGGAAGUCAAAGUUGCACAGGGCGAGGCAGCAGCACUUCUUGACACCGGUACUACUCUAACGUACAUUCCAAGUGAUGUUCUUAAGAGGCUAGUCAGCGCUGUCAGUGCAAAGUACAAUGCCAACAUUGGAUACUACAUGAAGUGUAGCGACGGCGAUAAUUACUACGUCACGCUUAAUUUCCAGGGUGUCGACUUCCGCUUUUCACUUUCGUCUUUCAUGAUCUCCUUGACUACCAGCGAUGGAUCCACAUCCUCAUAUUGUGUCAUUGGCUUCCGUUCAAGCGAUGAUGAAUCCUUCACCUUGGGUGAUACUUUUCUCCGCAAUGUGUACUUUGCUGCCGAUCUCGAAAACUACCAGAUUGGUAUGGCUAUGGCGGACUUUGACUCCAAUACUGAAGACAUCGAUCUCAUCGAAAGCUCCAUCCCAUCUGCCAAGUCUGUUGCCUCGUGGUCUGCUACAUAUGGCCAGAGUGCAACCGUACUCAGUACCGUGCCUGCAUCAACAAAGGCUGUGACAUAUUCAAAACCUACUGGCAAUAAUGCAGGUGAAGUGUCUGGUGCUACUGGCACUGCCGACUCUCAGGCCUCAUCAUCUGAUUCUCCCGCAUCUACAGUUACGACAUCUUCUGGCAGCUCAUCUUCAGGCUCAUCUUCAGGCUCAUCUUCAGGUUCGAAGAAUGCAGCAGUCACGGCAGUUGGAACAACCCGAAUGACAAUAAUACUGUCGCUGGUUGGAACACUUCUUACUCUAUUUUUGUAA